GUUCCAGUGAUGGCAUUUGCCACUCACCUGGCAGGGGACCAGAUACGGGGAAGAGAAGCAGAGCUUGAGUUAGAUAUUGCAUCGACCAAGUUUAUUGCAGAAAUAGUAAACACACUGUGCUGCACAGAGUCAAAUUGACGCACGUGAUCUUCUGCAUUAUUGGUGGCUAAUACGAUUGCUCUGGAGCAGGAAAAACUGCUUAGACAAUCUAAUGGAUGAAGAUGAGAAAGACAGGGCAAAGAGGGCUUCGCGUAACAAGUCUGAAAAGAAGAGACGUGAUCAGUUCAAUGUUCUCAUCAAGGAGCUCAGCUCAAUGCUUCCAGGCAACACCCGUAAAAUGGACAAAACUACUGUGCUGGAAAAAGUCAUUGGCUUUCUGCAGAAACACAAUGAAGUGUCGGCACAGACGGAGAUUUCUGAAAUUCAUCAGGACUGGAAGCCUUCAUUUCUCAGCAACGAGGAAUUCACUCAGCUGAUGUUGGAGGCGUUGGACGGCUUCAUCAUAGCAGUAACCACAGGUGGGAGCAUCAUCUACGUGUCUGACAGCAUCACACCUCUGCUAGGGCAUUUACCAUGUGAUGUCUUGGAUCAGAAUUUGUUAAAUUUCCUCCCGGAACAAGAACAUUCAGAAAUUUAUAAGAUGUUAUCUUCCUGUAUGCUUAUGACAGAUUCUGCCUCAUCGGAUUACCUAAAAACUGACAAUGAACUAGAGUUUUAUUGUCAUCUUCUGAGAGGAAGUUUGAACCCAAAGGAAUUUCCAACAUAUGAAUACAUAAAAUUUGUAGGAAAUUUUCGGUCUUACAGCAAUGUGCCUAACUCCACCUGCAAUGGCUUUGAUGAGGCUCUUCCCAGGGCUUACAGAGCAUCACCAGGAAAGCAGAUCUGUUUUGUCGCUACUGUUCGUUUGGCAACGCCUCAGUUUUUAAAGGAGAUGUGCAUCGUGGAAGAGCCUUUAGAGGAAUUCACGUCAAGACACAGUCUGGAAUGGAAAUUUUUAUUCCUAGAUCACAGAGCACCGCCGAUCAUAGGAUACUUGCCUUUUGAAGUGCUGGGUACUUCUGGCUACGACUAUUACCAUAUAGAUGACCUAGAGCUGCUUGCAAGGUGCCACGAACACUUGAUGCAGUUUGGCAAGGGGAAGUCGUGCUGCUAUCGGUUUCUGACCAAAGGACAGCAGUGGAUCUGGCUCCAGACCCAUUACUAUAUCACAUACCACCAGUGGAACUCCAAGCCAGAGUUCAUUGUGUGCACACAUAUGGUGGUAAGUUAUGCAGAUGUGCGGGUGGAGAGGAGACAGGAGAUGGGCUUGGAAGAAGUGUCCUCAGAGGUUGUGUCCUCAGCACUAAAGGACAGUGGCUCCAGCUUGGAUCCUGAACAGCACUUUAAUGCGCUUGAUAUUGGUGCCUCAAUCCUCAGUGCUAGCCGGACACCUUCGGUGUCAUCCAGGAGCUCACCAAAAUCUUCCCACACACCCAAGUCUGACCCAGCAACUACACCAACAAAGCUGACUGCAGAGACGAGCACUCCCUUGCAGAGAACAUCCAGCACGCAGCAGGACUUAUCUACACACAGGCUCAGCCAGCCUACCACUCUGCAGGCUUCCUUGCCUUCUCAACCUUCAUGUGAGCUUCUCCCACAACAGUUGCUGCCUCAAGCAACUUUGCAAAGUCAGCCUGCACCACUGGCACAGUUCUCUGCCCAGUUUAGCAUGUUCCAGACCAUCAAGGACCAGCUAGAGCAGCGAACACGGAUCCUGCAGGCCAACAUCCGCUGGCAGCAGGAGGAGCUCCAGAAGAUCCAGGAGCAGCUCUGCCUGGUUCAGGAUUCCAGCGUGCAGAUGUUCCUGCAGCAGCCAGCAGUGUCCCUGAGCUUCAGCAAUAUUCAGCAGUCAGAGUCACAGCCGCUGCAGCAGAGGCCGGGGGUCAUUUCUCAGCAGCAGCUUGUCCCCAGUCCUCAGCUCCCAGGGCAAAUCGCAUCUCCACAAACACCGAGCCAGCAAGUACUGAGGGAAGCAAGUGUGAUAUUGAGCCAGGGCCCAAAGGCAGAGAGAAGCACUGAGCUGACAACAGGCAGCAGCCGCCCAACUCGCAGCACAGCUACACUGUUCUGCCCCUCCACCCCUCUGUCACGCCGAGGCCCUGGCCCCAGCUCUGGUCCUGUUGCAUCUGCUGCUGGCUGCAGCCACGACCAGCAGCUCAGACUGUUGCUCAGCCAGCCUAUUCAGCCUAUGAUGCCCACAUCCUGUAAUGCAAGACACUCUUCAGACCUCAGCAUGGCUGGAUCCCAGGCUAAAUAUUCUCAAAAUCAACAAAUGUUUCAAAGUUUGGAAGUGCAGGCUUCCAGCAGCAGCUCUCCAAUCGUUCUGAUGGGACAAGCAGUGUUAAACCAAGGGUUUCCCACAACUCCUUCCCAGUCAUCCUCUCUGCCAUCUAUGCAACUCCAGCACCAACAGCAUCAGCAACAACGCUACCUGCAGGUACAAACACCAAGUUCUUUGCACAAUGAGCAAACUGAUUCUUUGCUCCUGCCAUCUUACUCACCACAGCAAGGAAAUAUGGGGUAUCAUCAGACACAGCAGCAGCAACAACUACCAAGAAGAAGCAAUAGCUUAUCAGAAUCAUCAAAUUUACCACAGCCACUGCGAUAGAGUCCCACCAGCACAAUCAAUGCACGAUUAGCUUUAACCAAUGGGUACAUGGGGCAGGAGAGAAUGACUUUGUACUUACUGUUUCGGCUUUUGCACGAGCCUUUGUUUCACAGCUCUGUGAUGCCACAGAGGACAGACUGCUGCACACAGCGCACUGAUGGCACGCUGGAUUUAGUUUGUGCUGUCUUGUGAGCGCAGCACGUACUGGCAGAGCAAAACAAAGAGGAACACUACCCUGUGCAAGCUCUAUCAUCAUUGGGUGCACAGGAGGAGGAGUUCCAGCUUGGUGUGUCGCUUGGAAAGCUGUCUGGCAAUUCCAAAAGACUGUUGACAGACACAUGAGGUACAUGGCCUUCACUCUUUCAGUUCUUCUUUUGUGUAUGAAAAGCACUGCAUCAAAGGUCUAUUGAGGAGAGAACAAGAGAUUAUUUUUAUUAUGAUUAUUGUUAUUAUUUUGCACAACUGCACAGAGGACAAAACCUAGGCACUUUCUGUAAAGAGGAGUUUGUUUCUUUAUUCUUGUGGCCAAAUUAGCACAUCCAAUGGAAAAAAAAGCCUGGUCAUUGGUGAAGAUGGUCUACAGCUCAUAACCCUUGAUUUAGAAUCUGAAAAGUAUUAUGCAGCUUACCCUAACUGUUCUUUGUGACUAAGAACAAAA